AUGUGUUUCACACCUGUCUGACCGGAGAAGCUGAAAUAAUUGUAAAAUUAGAGUAAUCUAGUCAGCAGGUUAAUUUUCUUGCAUUAUUGGAUCUAAGGUCAUCAUGGACUUUGACUCUGAAUCUUGGGAGACAAGUAUGGAGACAGACAAACUUAACCAGGAACUGUUUGGAAAGCAUCAAAUCUCUCCAAAAAAAGGAAAAGACCAGAAAACACAAGUGAAAAAGAGGAGGGGCAGAGACACAGAUGAGUAUGAAGCAGGUGAGAGGACAUCUGAGGUAAAGAGGAAGGGAAAGAAAAGAAAACAAGAGGCUACAAGCAGUGAUGACAGCUCAGGAAGGACAAUAAAGAACAGGGUAGACAGUGAGUUUUCUCUGGCAGGAGGUACCAAGGUCUCAAAAACCAAGAAGGGAAAGAAAAGGCAUCAGACUGUCAACAGUGAUGGUGAUUCUAUCACAGUGAAAGGAGGGGUAAGAAAAACAGAUUCUGUGUCUGAAAAUACUAUAGAAACUAAAACCAAGAAGGGAAAGAAAAGAAAACAUACAGCAGUUGACAAUGAUGACCAUUCUGGGACAAAGAAAGAGAGAGUAGAAAACAUAAAUUCUGUGUUCAAGUCAGGUGACCAAAGCAAUGAAUCAGAAACAACAAGGAAAAGGAGGAAAAAGAAUAGGAACAAGAAAAACAAAUUCAAAACAGAUGGUCUUGUAACACAAAAUCUUGGUGGGAAGAAUUUCCAGAGGAGAGAAAUUAAAGAAAAAAUAACCACCAAUUCAAAUGUGAUACCAGUAAUAUCUGAAAAUGGUAGAAAUGAUAGGGAAAAUGUAGACAAGAGGAAAAAGAAGAAACUUUUAUUUGAGAGACAAAUUCCAGUAAGUGAUGAAGUUGCUGAACAGACCAGUCAGGAGAUGGACAGAUUAGAGUCCAGUGAUGAUAAAGGUAACAGACAUACAGAGGUCAAAGGGAAGAGGAAAGUCAAACCAAAAGCUGACAACAAUAAGCCUCAGGGGUUAAAGCAUGGUGACAUCACAAGUAAGGAACAAGGUUCAGAGAGUUCUAAUAGAAAGGUGAAGAAAAAAAUAUUCAACACAGCUAUACUGUCAGAUAUUCUAGCAGCUGAUUCUCAAUCAAAGAAAGUGACAAAUAAAGAAAAACUUAAUGAAAUGGGUGAAAAGGAGACUAUGUCUGAACCAAAAGCAAAGAAAAAGAAGAAAGAGAAGAAAAACAACAAAAUGGAGGAACAUCCCUCUGAGGAGGAAUCCUCCCCCACAUCUCCUUCAUUACAGGAAGAGAAUCCCCCCAGGCCUCAGUCCCUGAAAGAGAGAUUGAUGGAGCAGCUGAACUCCGCCCGAUUCCGUUACAUCAACGAGCAGCUGUACACACACUCGGGGCACGAGGCCCAGGAGAUGUUUGAGGAGGAUGAGGAGGCGUUCCAGGUCUAUCAUCAAGGCUUCCAGACCCAGGUCAACAAGUGGCCCGUCAACCCAGUGGACAUGAUCAUACAGGACAUCAAAAAACUACCUCAAAACAAGGUGGUGGCGGACUUUGGUUGUGGAGAUGCUAAAAUUGCCAGAGGUGUUCCACAGAAGGUGCACUCAUUUGACCUUGUUGCACUUAAUGACAGUGUGACAGCUUGUGACAUGUCUCAUGUUCCCCUUGACAGUGGGAGUGUGGAUGUAGCCGUUUUCUGUCUCUCCUUGAUGGGGACGAAUCUCACAGAUUAUCUUGCUGAGGCCCACAGAGUUCUAAAAAUGGGGGGACGUCUGAAGAUUGCUGAAGUGGCCAGUAGAUUCCAAAGUCUUCCUCACUUUCUAAUCAGUAUUGAACAGUUUGGUUUCUACCAAGAGUCCAAGGAUACAUCCAAUAAGAUGUUCUACUUGUUUAACUUCAAGAAAACAGGAAAACCUAAAUCCAAACUUCCAGCUGUGACUCUUCAACCUUGUGUGUACAAGAAAAGAUAGCACAGAAUAAAAACCUUAUAUAUAAAACCAUUUAUUUAUCACUCAUUAAUAAAUAAUUUUAAACAGAAAA